AUGAAGAUUAUAGAUCUUCCACGUGAUUUGCUAGAGAAUAUAUUCUCUAGGUUGGACGAAGAGUUUCUAAGACAGUUGCGAUGCACUUGCAAACUGUUUAACGCUUUAUUCAAAGAUCGAAGAUUCUUACAAAACCGCUUCCACAAAGCAGCAAGGGAAGUGCUCGUAAUGAUGAAGUCAGAGCUUUAUUUAUUGAACUUUGAUAUCAACGGUAGUCAAAGCUACACCAUGAUCGAAUUCAGCAGAUUACGACGUCGUAAUUACCAUAUUGACGUUGAUCACCAAUUCGAUGUAUCCGAUGCCUUUCACUGUGAUGGUUUAUUGUUGUUACGUACCACUUACAACAACAUGCUUAUCGUUUGGAACCCGUGUUUGGGGAAAGCCAUGCAUCUCUAUCCUAGUAAUCAGUGCAAGGGCGGCAUCUUUGCCCUAGGAUACCAUAACGAAUUGUGCGAUAGCUACAAAAUCUUGAGCAUUCAUCAAAAAGGUGAUCCGGCCGAGUUAGAGAUGUUUGAUUUUUACUCUGAUUCAAGGUCAUGGAGGGCUCUUGAUGAUGUCUUUCUAGGAUGCAUCAUACAAUCCCGUGGUGUGUCUCUAACAGGGAAUACUUAUUGGAUUGCUUCAAAAGUCAUCAAUGAAUUUUUACUGCUAUGUUUUGAUUUCACAACCGAGAGAUUUGAACGCAUGGAUCUUCACUUUCAGAGUGUUGGUUACAAGAUAUUAGCCUUAUCAAUUGUUAACGAAGAGCAACUUUCGGUUUUGCAACAGAGUUUGGAGACGUCAAUGGUGGAGAUUUGGGUGACGACCAAUGAUAAGAGUCUUGACCAGACCAAGAUCUUGUCAUGGAGCAAGUUGUUGGCAGUGGAUUUAUACACUUAUUAUUAUGACCAUAGGUUUACGUUUGAUGUAAGUUUCUUUAUCGACAAAGAGAGUAAAACCGUCGUUUGUUGGGACAAAGAACAAGUAUACAUUUUUGGAGAGGAUCAUCACUACGGACAUAUCAAUUUCGGAGGAGAGCCUGCAGUUAUGUUCCAAGGUUGGUUCAAAUUUAAACCUGAGUGUAGUAACUAUAAGCAAGUAUGUCAAUUUCCGAUGAGAUGA